GUUUAUUUUUCUCUAUUUAAAAAUUUUCUAAUGAUAAAAAAAUUAGGUUUAGUUUUUACCCUUGUUCUUUCUACCAGUGAGAGGCCGUGUUAACGCCCACCCAAAAACGUCCUGUCUGCUUGUUAACGCCAUCCAAUCUCCUCAAUUUCUCAUCUCUUUCAAGUUUCUCAACCAUGGGCGGCUUCAAAUGGGUUCGACCCGAGGUUUACCCUCUAUUUGCGGCUGUUGGUGCAGCUGUUGGAAUUUGUGGAUUUCAACUCAUCCGUAAUAUUUGCAUCAACCCUGAAGUCAGGGUGAAUAAGGAAAGCCGAGCUGCUGGAGUCUUAGAAAACUUUGCCGAAGGAGAGAAAUACGCAGAGCAUUCCCUAAGAAAAUUUGUGCGUUCCAAGAGUCCCGAAAUCAUGCCAUCUCUCAACAGAUUCUUCAGUGAGCCUCAGUGAUCUCUCCAAAUCUUUAGCAUAAUCUCUUGGCUUACGCUGGAUCUUCGCUAGAAGUUGCUUCCUUGUUACAUUAAGAAUCGAUGUCGGUGACAUCCAGAUAACAGUAAUAAGUGCUUGUACCAGAAUAUAAAUGGGAUUGCCUGGGCAUUCCCUAUUUUUUGAACUUAUUCGGUUAUUGAAACUUUAACCCGUCAAGGGAGGAUAUGUAAAUUCGAAACAUAAAAACCUUAUUGCUUGUCGAGUAAUCCCUUUCGAGUAUAUCGUAAGUUUCCAUGGUGUUGGUUCAUAAUUCAUAAAAGAGUCUUGAGUAA